AUGACGAAUCAUGCUUCAUCCUCUUUUCAUUCUCAAUUCAUUUAUUGUUCUGAUUUUGAUGAUACCUCAAUUUGGGAUGAGAUGAAUCUAACUCCUCUCUAUGAUUUUGAGAAUGAGUUUCAUGAACUCAAUCAACCAACUGUUAGAGCUGAGGCUGUUGCUGAAAUUGAACCUUCAAGGGAGAAAAAAUUCUUAAGGUUGGAGGAUAACCUAGAAAUUUCUACUCCUCCUCCUUACCAGUAUAACCAUUCCAUUACUGAGAACUCCCUCUGGGAUUAUCAGUAUGAGGAAUGCGCUUUGGCUCCAGUAGGUGAAGCUUCAAGAUCCUCGAGUGAUGAACACAUUCGCAGCUUUGGCCAAGAAUUUGAUUCUAUCUGGAAUUUCAAGGAUGAGGUACCAGAAGUAAAAGAAAUCAAUGAGGUUGCAACUGAGGAAAUUAUAGAAGAAGCAUCCAACCCAGUCAUAACCAUUGUGGAUAAGAAGAGCACUUCUGAAAAAUCUUGGAACAUUGAAAUGAUUUCAAAAUUCUUCCACUUACCAGUUGUCCAGGCGGCAAGGGAAUUACACAUAGGAAAAGACAAGCUGAAGAAAAUAUGCACCCAGUUGGGAAUCAAUCAAUGGCCACAUAGGAAAUUACAGUACAUGGAUCGACUGUUGAGCAAGUUUAAGAAAGAUUUUGACCAAGGGAAGAAGGUGAUUGAGCUAGAACACGAAAGUGAGCAGAUGUUAGCAAACCCCAACAAUGAGUUAGGCUUAGAAACUCAAACACUGGGGGAAUCUUCUUCUAAAGAGAAAAGAUAUCAACAAUUGAUAAAUCUUGCUCACUCUACUUCCUUUGCCAAUUCAUCUCGUGUUCCGUGGGAAGAUGAAAUGUUUUAA